UACCUUGUUUCUGUUUUAGGUAUGAAUGUGUGGCUACAUGUAUGAAGGGUUUUGAAUUCCCUGGUAAGGUGGCUGAAAUGAAAAGGACAUGUAAUUCAUUUGAUGGAUCCUGGCGCCCUAUAACAGAAUUUCCUGACUGUGAAGCAAUAUGUGAUCCUCCAUGUAUGAAUGGUGGUAAAUGUGCUGGGAACAAUCAUUGUAUCUGCCCUCCCAACUUCCGAGGACCUAGCUGCAAGUAUGACACAUCAAUCUGCAAUCCAUCUGAUUCACUGAAGUUUAUUGGAUCAUGGCAGUGUAAUCACACCCAGCAAGAAACCAAAUGUUCUUUAAACUGUGCUCAAGGUACAGAGUUUGAAUCCCAGCCUGCUGACAUCUAUACUUGUAGUGUAGAGGGAACAUGGAACCCAGCUACAGCCCCUAAGUGCAUUCCUGUGAAUGUGAUCCAUCCAACGGGAAGUCCAUAUUUUCCUGCUGAGAAAAUUAAAACAAUUGGAGUAGAUGAUCAAAAGCACAGUGGUGUGUGUGCAACAUGGGGUCAAUUUCAUUACCGAACCUUUGAUGGUAGUAUGUACAGUUUCCAAGGUCCAUGUGCCUAUGUUUUAGCUAAAGACUCGCGUGAUAACACAUUCAGCAUACACAUAAAGAAUGAUCCUAGUUGUGUCAGUAGCCGGAUAUGUCAUAGACUUAUAGUGAUAUAUUUGGGUGGAGAGAAGUAUAAGCUGAUGUACUCUCAAAAAAAAGCUACUGUCUACCAUGGGACAGAAGAAAUUUCUGUUCCUAGCACAUCUGGUGGUCUGUUACUGGAGAAAAUUGCAGGAUACCUGGUUAUUAAAAGCUCCUUAGGAUUCAGCUUAAAGUGGAAUGGAGAAGAUACAGUACUGCUUUCACUUGCAUCUUCCCUAAAAAAUAAGACUUCAGGGCUUUGUGGUCGCUUUGAUGGAAGUAAAGAGAAUGACUUUGAGUUAGUUAAUGGUCAAGCUGGUGGAUCAGUGUCAGCUUUUGCAAACAGCUGGAAAAUGAAUGACCUUGGUGAAAACUGCCCAGACUCUGUAAGCCAAGAACAUACAUGUACAUACAAGACACCAGAAGAAAAGAAGGUUGCUGAGAAAGCUUUAAAAACAUGUCAGGUCUUGUGGGAUUCAAAGUUUUCAGUCUGCCAUCAUAUCGUUAACCCGAUUCCAUAUAUUGAAGCUUGUCGUAUGGAUUACUGUGCAUGUUUAGUAUCCAGAGAAGAGUGUGUGUGCAACAGUCUAGCUGAGUACUUCAGAGAAUGUGUGCGACUAGGAGGGAAAAUACCUGAAGGAUGGAGAUCAACAAAGCUUUGUCCCCUGAAGUGCCCUUCAGACAUGGUUUACCUUGAUUGUGGAAGCUCGUGUCCAAAAAUGUGCAGUAGUGUUAAAUAUGAUUGUGAAGAUGAACAUUGUGUAGAUGGUUGUCACUGCCCUGAGGGUACUGUUCUUCUACGUGACAGGUGUGUUAAACAGGACAACUGUCCUUGUCUCCAUGGUGGCAAGUAUUAUGAGCCGGGUGAGAAAGUUGAACAAGAAUGUAACUCAUGUGAAUGUCGGGCAGGAGAAUGGAUAUGUACCAAGCAAAAGUGUGAAGCACGUUGCGCUUCUACGGGUGAUCCUCACUACACAACUUUUGAUGGUAACAGUUAUGAUUUCUUGGGCACCUGUUCUUACUAUCUAGUGUAUCAUGACAAGUUCAGUAUUGUUCAAGAGAAUGCACCAUGUCAGACUGCAAAGAUCGUUGGAAAGAAAAAUACUCCAUUUUCAAACUUUGGUUCAUGCACAAAAUCUGUUACCAUUACUAUUGGGAAGAGUGUCCUGACCUUGAAGCAAGAUUUCCAGGUUUCUCUGAAUGACCAUGAUAUCAGGAUCUUUCCUCAUACAGCACCUGGUUUACAUAUUUUCAUGGCUUCUUCCCUCUUCAUGAAGGUUGAGUUAGCUACUGGAAUGAGUUUACUGUGGGAUGGUAAAAACCGAGUGUAUAUUGAUGCACCAUCAUCUCACUUCAAUAAAGUGAAAGGACUGUGUGGAACUUUUAAUCAUAAUCAAAAAGACGAUUUUCUUACUCUGGAAGGAGACAUUGAAGCUGAUGUUAAUACAUUUGCCAAGAAAUGGACUUUGGGAGUAUGCAAGGAACAAAUUCCUGCAGAUGAAGCUAAGAGACCAUGUGAUACCUAUCCACAGAAGAAUGAGGAAGCACAGAAAUUUUGCUUAAAACUAAAGAGUAAUUAUUUUAGAGCUGGUCAUGAUGUUGUUGACCCAGAACCAUUCUACAAAAAAUGCCUUUUUGAUAUGUGUUCGUGUGAGAGCAAGCCUGAAGAUUGCCUCUGUCCUGCUUUUGCUGAUUAUGGUGCUGAAUGUGCCAAAAAAGGGGUGCUUAUUAAAUGGAGAGAUAACAUCAAAGAAUGCUCUUUGAAGUGCACUGGUGGUCAGACUUAUCAAGAGUGUGCUGAUCCUUGCCAACGCUCUUGCCUUACCAUUGCUUCUAAUGUUAAAUGCCUGAAGAAGUGUGUUGAAGGCUGUGCAUGUCCUCCUGGAACAACCUUGAAUAAUGAUGAAAUGUGUAUUCCAGUCAGUGAAUGUCAGUGUGUAUUUGAAGGGAAAGAAUAUCUUCCAAACUCAAAGAGGCUAGAUGGCUCAGAUGUGUGUUUAUGUGAAAAUGCUGUUUGGAGCUGUCGGGCAGCAUCAUUGAAGGAACUUGUUUCUGUAACUAACCCUGAUGAUCUUAUGCAAAGAGAUCCAGAAUACUGUGGGAAGCAGCCAAAUAUGGAAUACACCAAUUGUGUACCUGUUUGUCCUCCAACAUGCCAAAAUAAAUUGGUUGAACAAGAGUGUGCUACACGUAUCUGUAAACCUGGGUGCAUCUGCAAGCCGGGGUUUGUUUUGGACAUGGAUACCAAACAGUGUGUUAAAAUAGCUCAGUGUGGCUGUCAUCAUGGAAAUAAAAGAUUUGUUGAAGGCGAGACAAUACAAAUGGAGUGCAACACCUGGGCUAAUAUGUACAGUAUAGUAUCAACAACUAGUAUCUACAAUGUGCCCCCAGUGACAAAUAUAAUUGUAUUAUUAAUAUUGCAUGAAGGUGGUGAGGAAAAGGUUACUUUGACAAAGAACAAGCCAGUUCCUAAAACAGCUUAUGGCUCCAGCUUCAUCAUUCGAGAGGUUGGCUUAUUUGUAGCAGUUUAUACAAAGCAUGGGGUAACAGUACAGUGGGAUAAAGGCACUAGAGUUUAUAUACGAGUGGAGACAAAAUGGAAGGGGAGGUUGAAAGGAUUAUGUGGAAACUUUGAUGAUGAUCAAUCCAAUGACUUCCGUACUCCUGCGGGCGGACCGUCUGAAGCACGCCCAAUUGUAUUUGGUAACAGCUGGAAGGUCCAUGAAAGCUGUCCUUAUCCUAGAGAUAUCAAAGACACUUGUCUGUUACAUCCUCAUAGAAGAACGUGGGCCUUAAACAAGUGUGGUGUUCUAAAGUCUGAUGUUUUUAAGCCCUGCCACUCAGAAGUUUCUCUAGAUCCAUACUAUGAAAGGUAA